GCCAUUAGUUACACUUCAAUCGUGGUAAUGUCAUUUUAGAACUGAAUUGUUAUAAUACAGAUAGGGCCGUGGAGAACAGUUGUGUGUACGUAACGGUUUUUAAAACGAGUAUAUAUCCUCUUACCUUGAUAACUUGUCUUUUGUAACGAAGAAAGGGUUGUUAAUAUUCACUCGAGUUGAUAGCCGAUAGGUUAGUUAGCUUGGUAGACAGCCAGCUUGAACGUCGUCUAGUUAGCCAGCUGCUAGCCAGUUACGAUAGCCUAUUGGACGGUGUUGCUGAAGCAGUGAACCUAGGUUAGCGAACCGCUUCAGUUGCUUUUCGUUUUUAGUUCCCUUAUUUGCUUUAUGUACAUAUCUUUCCUUGACAAAGCUGGUGUUUGGUUCCGCGGUAAUAUUAGUCAAAGUAGUAGAGCUUGUAAAGUAUUGCCUUAUCACGGCCCUGUCUGUUUCUUUUUCAUCUGUUAGCUUUAGCUAGGGAGUCUGUGUCGUUUUCAAGUUACCGACUUAAGGAUACCGUCAUCGGUUAGAGACUUGUAUUAACGUGUGACACGCUGGCAUUAGAAAUCUCGUCAAAUCCAGGCGUUUGGCACCAGAUUACCGUGUUUUUUCACAGUUGUUGCGCUCUGUCGGGUUUUGGAUUUAUCACAGCCGCUUGGAUUUAUUACAGCCGAUCUCGCUAACAGCAAACGCCUCCUGCGAAGCUGGCGACACCGCACAUCAGCAACUAAAUACACGUUCACCCAGCCACCGGUGUGGUGUGAGUGAGCCUUCCUCAGGCCUGCAGAGAGGAGGCUGUCCUGAGACAUGUCAGAGGGAGAAGGAAAAGCGGCCCCCGCCCCCUCAGCGGCCCCCGCCUCUGCCGCGGCCCCCGCCACCGCGCUCGACGGCAAGCCCGACUCCGCGGCCUCCUCCGCCCCCGGGGGGCAGGGCGUGUCCUCCGUGUCCCCGCCCGUGUCCGCCGUAACGCAGUCACCGCCGGCGACGGCAGCCACCGAGGACGAAGAGGAGGAGAGUGAAGAUGAGUCUGAGAUUUUGGAGGAGAGCCCGUGUGGGCGCUGGCAGAAGCGCAGAGAGGAGGUCAACCAGCGGAAUGUUCCAGGCAUCGACAAUGCGUACUUAGCCAUGGACACGGAGGAGGGGGUGGAGGUCGUGUGGAAUGAGGUCAUGUUCUCAGAGAGGAAAAACUUCAAACUUCAGGAGGAAAAAGUGAAAGCAGUCUUUGAUAACUUGAUCCAGCUUGAACAUUUGAACAUAGUCAAAUUUCACAAGUACUGGGCUGACGUGAAGGAGAACAGGGCCAGGGUGAUCUUUAUCACUGAGUACAUGUCCUCAGGGAGCUUGAAGCAGUUUCUGAAGAAGACCAAGAAAAACCACAAGACCAUGAAUGAAAAGGCGUGGAAACGCUGGUGUACCCAGAUUUUAUCUGCUCUGAGUUACCUUCACUCCUGUGACCCCCCCAUCAUUCACGGGAACCUGACCUGUGACACCAUCUUCAUCCAGCACAACGGCCUCAUCAAAAUCGGCUCAGUUGCUCCAGACACCAUUAAUAAUCACGUCAAAACCUGUCGGGAGGAGCAGAAGAGUCUGCACUUCUUUGCCCCAGAAUACGGAGCUGUGGCCAGCGUGACCACGGCAGUGGAUAUCUAUUCGUUUGGAAUGUGUGCCUUAGAGAUGGCAGUGCUGGAGAUCCAGAGUAACGGCGAGUCCUCGUAUGUGUCCCAGGAGGCCAUUAACAGUGCCAUCCAGUCUCUGGAGGAUCCUCUGCAGAGAGAGUUUAUUCAGAAGUGUCUGGAGGUGGACCCCAGCAGGAGGCCCACGGCGCGGGAGCUGCUCUUCCACCAGGCCCUGUUUGAGGUUCCUCUGCUCAAACUGCUGGCCGCACACUGCAUCGUCAGUCACCAGCACAUGAUUCCCGAAAACGCUCUGGAGGAGUUGACCAAGAACAUGGACCCAAACCUGGUCAUUAUGGAGAGCAAGGACAUACAGAUGAAGCUCUCCCAGUUUCCCGCUCUGGAGCUAGACAAGUUCCUGGAGGACGUGAGGAACGGGAUUUACCCUCUGACAGCUUUUGGGAUGCCCUGUCCCCAGCAGCCUCAGCAGGAGGCCGUCAAGUCCCCCAUCGUCCCCCCCUCGGUCAAAACGCCCACGCCCGAGCCCGCUGAACUGGAGACCAGGAAGGUUGUUCAGAUGCAGUGUAACAUUGAGCCUGUGGAGGAGGGUGCCAAACAUCAUCUGACUUUGCUGUUGAAGCUGGAGGACAAGCUGAACAGACAUCUGAGCUGUGACUUGUUACCCAAUGAGAACGUGCAGGAGCUCGCCGUGGAGCUGGUUCAGCUCGGCUUCGUCAGCGAGGGGGACCAGCCGCGCCUCACCUCUGUGUUGGAGGAGGCCUUCUCAAAGUUCUACAGCCGCAACGGAUCCCUGAACCCCGUCACCGUGUCGUCAUAGCGACGGUUUGGGACGCCCCGCCCUGCGCCUGUCUCCCUGUCUCUUCUCCUCACAUGCUGGACUCACUGAAGUCGUCUGUCACGCGGGG